AGCACAGGUUAGUGUGAGUCGAGCAGUGGUGUGGCGCAGAGAGUGGUUGUUAUUGUUGUUGUACUCGAGCGGGCGAGAGAGCGAGAAGGAGACAGAGAUAUAGGGUUGUAGUGACAGUGUGACAAGUGCGAGAAAGGACGAGGACGUCAAGGAUCAAGCGUCAGACGGUGCGUGGACGGUGUGGCUGCUCAUCCAGCGACAGAGAGAGAGAAUAGCAUCGGCAGUUGUAGUUGUGUAGCAGUACGCACUGCACAGCAGUAGUAGAAGAAGCUAUAAAAAGCAGGAGGCAGCCGCAGGGGCGAGAGUGCGCGCGAGUGUGUGUGUCGCGGGGCAUGCAGGUGCGUCGACUGCCGAGCAGUAGUGCUGUUGUGCUGCUAUCGUCGUCGCCGCGGCGCGCAUCGAUCGGUGUGGCGACGACGACUACGUGCAUCGUCGCCACGCUAUCGCGGACAUCAUGCUGAAGCGGCUCGUCGAGGCAGAGAGAUGAGGCCGACGACCAUGAUUGGCGGUAGCCGGCCGUGUUGUCGUCGUACGAGAGCGGCAGCAACGGGCUCGGGGUUACUGCUGCUGUCGCUGCAGCUGCUGCUGCUUCUGCCGCUCGUCAGCGCCUUUUACCUGGAUGGCUCGGCGGGCUCGCACGCGCGCUUCUCCCGCUGGAACGCGGCGCCCAAUGCCAGCCUCGAGCUCGAAUUCAAGACGGAGCAGGGCCAGGGCCUGCUGCUCUACGCCGACGACGGCGGACUCUACGACUUCUUCGAGGCGAAGCUCGUCGAGGGCGCCCUGAGGCUGCGCUACAACCUCGGCGACGGGGCGCAGAGUCUGAGCCUCGGCCGUGAUCUCGGCGACGGUCGCUGGCACAGGCUGCGACUGGCCCGGGCGCAUCACAACACGAGCGUGAGCCUCGACGGCCGGCUCGAGGCGAGCUCGGUGUCGCGCGGACCCGACGUGCAGUUCGGCCGUACCCACGCCAAUUCCGAUCUCUUUCUCGGCGGCCUGCCGGCCUUCUACUCGAGCAAGCUCACGCUGCUGGCGCUUCCGAGCGUCAUCUUUGAACCGCGCUUCAAGGGAUUCAUAAGAAACCUUGUUUACGCCGACGGAGACAAUGUUGUGCCUCGACGCCAAGAGAUACAGAAUCCCGAUCCCAAGUGCGGAGGACUACCCUGCCCGGACAACAAUAUUUCACGCAAAAUGGCAAGAAGUUUACGAGGGAUGGUGCAGGCGAACUCGAGCGACGUUUGCGAGACCAGGGACCCGUGCCAGCACGGCGGCAUCUGCAUAUCGACGGACAGCGGGCCCUUCUGCGAGUGCCGUAGCGCCGAGUACGAGGGCAUGUACUGCGAGAAAGAUAAGGCGUCGUCGGAGGCGUCGUUCCGCGGCACCGAGUACUUGACCAUCGACCUGAGCAAAGGCAAGCCCGUGCUCAGCUCGCAGGAGGGCAUAUUCCUGCAGUUCAAGACGAAACAACCCAACGGUCUGCUCUUUUACUCUGGCCAUGGGCAGGAUUACAUGACGAUAUCCCUGAGGGACGGAGGUGUGGCCGUCGGCAUGACUCUGGCCAACGGCCGACUGGAUAUGCACAUAAAGCCCACGAGGAUACGUUUCGACGAUAACCAGUGGCACAAGGUUAUGGUCCAUCGCAAGGUUCAGGAGAUUUCGUCGGUAACGAGAUUCUGCAGGCUAACGGCGUCGGUCGACGGAAUUUACACGGAACAAGGCCACACGGCGGGUGCUUUCACGAGGUUGGCCAGCGAGAGGCUUCUGGUCGGCGGUGGCGCUGACGCCCGAGAACUCGCUGGCUCGAAGGGUAUCAACAAUUUCGUCGGUUGUAUGCGCAAGGUUGAAUUUCAGGCCGAAGGGGUGCGCAUGGAGCUGGUGGAGGCGGCGCGUAGUGGUACGGUAGGUGCCGCAGCCUGGGGCAAGAUCGAGUUUCAGUGUCGCGACCCGAGAACGUCGGACCCCGUGACCUUUACCACUGGUGACUCACAUCUCGGACCGGCGACAGUGACCAUGAAGCGGCUGCACGGCACCGUCGUCACCUUUACCAGUCCAGAGUCCCAUCUGGUGCUGCCUCCGUGGAAGGGUGCCAAGUCCGGCAGUAUAUCGUUCAAAAUACGCACGAACGAGCCUAACGGACUGGUCAUGUACAGCCGCAGCGGAGCCAUCACUAGGACGGAUCUGUUCGCGUUCGAGAUCCUCGGGGGCUACCUGUAUCUGCACAUGGAUCUAGGCGAAGGCGCGCUCAAGGUGCGCGCCUCGGAGAAGCGCGUCGACGACGGCACGUGGCACGAAGUGGCGCUCAGGCGGGUCGAGCGCGAGGGCCGAGUCGUCGUCGACGACUCCACCAUCGAAUUCCGGCCACCGGGUAAGGAUGAUAACUGUGACGCCACGCAGCUGGACCUCGAUGGACUAUUGUUUAUCGGAGGGGUGGGUGCACCCUUUGCACCGCUCACGGUGCCACCGGUUCUAUGGACGGGCAGCCUACGCCAGGGAUACGUCGGUUGCAUGCGGGACCUCGUCAUCAAUGGCCAGCCCAUCGAUAUUGCUGGUUACGCUCAGCAGCAGGAUUCAGGUGCCGUCAGGCCAGCCUGUCACGUGCAAGGGCCUCACUGCAAUUCCCAGCCUUGCAUGCACUCGGGUAAGUGUAUCGAGGGCUGGAACAGGUUCCAUUGCGAUUGCAGCGCAACGGCUUACACCGGGGCUACUUGCGGCAAGGAUGCGUCGACGCUGUAUCUAAAUGGUUCGCAGCAGAUGACAGCCCUCAUGCCAGAAGACUCGAAAACCCAAGCAGAGGAGCUCGUCAUCAGGUUCAAAACGACGAAGCCCCGAGGACUGCUGCUGGCUACGAGCCUAGAAAACAGCGUGGACCGCUUGCAGAUAUCUUUGGACGAGGGCGCAGCCCGGGCACUGAUACAUAUCGACCAUCAAGAAAAGGAGGUAGUAGCCGGACAAGGAUUGAACGACGACAUGUGGCACACCCUGAAAUUUUCUCGUCGAGGCAAUUCCGUCAAGUUCCAAAUUGACGACGAGGAGCCCGUAAAAGCCGAAGCGAUGCUGGGCGAGAAGAACACGCUCGAAUUCAGGACACUUCACGUCGGCGGUUAUCUGCACUCGAGCGAAGAGAUACCCCGCUUCGUGGGCCAGCUCCAGCAGCUCUGGUUCAACGGCUAUCCGUAUCUGGAAAUAGCGCGGAGCGCGGGUACGCAUCAGACUGCCCAUCAGGGUCUCACACCCAUCAUAAGGAUCAAUGGGAAGUUCGGCAAACGCAAUCAUCCCGUCCAUCAUCCAGUUACUUUUACGUCGAAGCACACGUUCGUCGGACUGCCCAUGCUCAAGGCAUACGUGGAGACCAACAUUUACUUCCAGUUCAAGACUCGUGAAGCAAAUGGAUUGAUACUAUAUAAUUCAGGUCGAGAGCGAGACUUCAUUGCCGUUGAACUAGUCAACGGGCACAUUCACUACGUCUUUGAUCUCGGAGAUGGGCCGGUCAGACUGCGGGACAGUACAAAAUCACGUCUAAACGAUGGCAAAUGGCAUGCGGUUACCAUUGCUCGACCUGCUCCAAAAAGGCAUACUCUAGCAGUCGAUGAUCAUGUCGUCGUGGCUAAUAGCCCUGGAAGCAAUGAAAAUCUUGAUCUAGAUGGAAUUCUAUUCAUCGGAGGUACGGAAAAAGCCCAAUACUCCAUUCUUCCAAAGCCAAUUCAAAGUCGGCAUGGUUUUGAGGGAUGCUUGGCUUCUCUGGAUCUUAGUGGAGAGAGCCCUGAUCUCAUAUCCGAUGCCGUUGUGCCGAGUUCUCUAGUAGAGUCAGGGUGCGAUGCAUACGCAAAUCUACAUCCUGGCAAGAAAUGCAACCACGACAUGUGUGCGAACCAUGGAACUUGCGUGCAGCAAUGGAACAGUUUUACGUGUGACUGCGAUAUGACCAGUUUUUCUGGGCCUACUUGUACAGAUGAAUCGCCUUCGUAUGAAUUUGGGGCUGGUCGAGGAGUCAUCACGUACACUUUCCCACCCGAUCGUAGACCAGAAAUGAAGAGAGAUACUUUGGCAAUGGGAUUUAUCACUUCAGUCAACGAUGCCAUACUUUUGCGAAUUGAAUCGGCAUCGAGCAACGAUUACCUCGAGAUUGAAAUCGUGGAAGGAAAUGUUUUCGCCGUUUACAACAUGGGUACGAGUGAUCACCCCAUCGGUGAGGUCGGCGUCAAGGUUAACGAUAAUCAGUAUCACGUGCUGAGAUUCACGCGAAGCGGAGCCAACAGUACUCUUCAAAUAGACGACUACAAUCUUCAAUCCAACCACCCACAAGGAAAUCAACACGCGGUUUUCAACAGCCAAUCCACCAUUCAAAUAGGCGGCCGUUGGAAUCGCGGUAAAAAUAAGAUUGACAAAACCUUCAUGGGUAUCAUAUCGGGGCUGAUCGUUAACGGCGCGAGGAUAUUCGAGCUAGCCGCUGCCAAAGAUAACAGAGUCAGCAUCAAGGGCGACGUACAAUUGUUACCACUGGGGAGUCUCGUCGAUAGAGCCGCUCCACUGCAACGCAUGCAACAGACACCGGCAUCGGGCUCACCAGGAGUAGCUGACGAUUUAAUCUUUUCUGGCGCUGGUAGUGGAUGCGCUGGCGACGACGAGGACGAAGACUGUACACCUAUUUACGAAAAUGGAUCAGACGAUCUAAUUACUCCGGUAUACGUGGCUUCAACAAAGUCAACAGUGACCGUGAGGCCCAAAAUCCACGCACCCAGCAGUAAUAUGCAAGAGAAAAACAUACAGUGUGAUGACGAGGAGGAGUGCAACGAGGAGGGCUCUGGUGAUUCCGGCAAUAGCGAGGAUAUUUUUGUUCCCUCUUCCACUGCGAGAUCCAGUCCAACGUCGGGAUACAACACGACCCCGCGUUACGCUGUUCAAUCCAGUUCACCCGGUUUAGCUAUCGGCACGACUCAAGGCAGCAGUAGUCAUCGAGUCGAACCACACACGACGCAGGCUACUCAACACGGUUACUCAGUUACUAGCGAUUCUAUUCCAAGUUCCGCGACGGAGCGGUCAACGACGACGACUACGAGUACGACGCCCUCGACAACAACGACGACGACUACGACGAGUACGACACCCUCAACCACAACGACGACGAGCUACUACACGAUCGAGCACAGAACUACCACGUAUAGAAUACCUUCGUACACGGUCAUAUUGCCGCCCAAAACUACGUCGAACAAUAAUAACAAUAACAAUAAUAAGCGUAUCACGUCCGAGACCGCGGAGAACGCGGCACUGAUUAUCGGCAUCAUCGCCGGUGCUCUCAUCGCCAUCGUUCUCAUAAUCCUCAUUAUCUUGAAGUUCAAAGGCAGGCCCGAGGCCAAUUACAAGAUCGACGAUUCCAAAGGUUUCUGCCAAGAGCCGAAUGCGGCCCUGCUCGGCGCAGCCGGUGGCGGAAGCGCUCAAAUGGCCGGCGCGGGUGGUGGCCAGUCGUAUAACGGCAGCGUCAAGAACGGCCAAGCCGCGAGCAAAAACGGCAAAGGCCGACAGCUCAAAGACAUUAAGGAAUGGUACGUGUAAUAAUUGCCCUGCAAGCCAAGACUGACAUUAUAUAUAAAUAUAUACAUUAUAUAAAUAUACAUACGAAAAAAAAAAUUAUUUAAACUAAUAAAUGAUGAUAAUAACUGUGUGCGCACCUAUUAUAAUAGCUCACUGAUAUACGCACGCGUUCAUGCGAGCGCUCAACUAUGUAUGUAUAUUAUGGCUCUGCUGUCUCUCUAUACGUAUAUUAAUAACCAUCGUGACAUGUAUUAUACCUACAUAAUAAGUUCAUCCAUAAGUACAUUCAUUAUAUAUUGUAUAUGUGUAUUACCAUUGAUAUAGGUACAUGCUUCUACAAAAAUCACCUACGCAUACAUAUAUUAAAUGAAAUUGAUCGUGGCAUACAUGACUCGGUUACCGCUUACACAUAUAUAUUACCUAGAUAGACAUUAUUUUCAAAGUGUUCAAUUAAAGGUGAUUGAAUCAAUGGAAAUUAUGAAAGAAAAAUAAUACUCGCGAAAAAGGUCUUCUUUUGCUAAGUAUACUUUUUAUUACUUAAAUGCAUAUGCUUGAACACACUGUAUUAAUGAUUGCAAACUGUGUGUAUGAUAGUAUUAAUAAAUGCAUUUUCUGUGACAAGUGAUUCGCGAAGCACGUACUAUGAGCGCCAUGUAUAUGUAUGAGUGCAUUUAAUCGAGCGAACUUGAGAACAAGUUCGACUAAAAAAUUUGCGUGUAUUUUAAAGUCACGUGUGGUUUAUAAAUAUAUAAAUGGAAUACUAAUAUUAUCAACAUUGAGAAAAUGAAAGUAUUUAUGUAUGAAUAAAAAAGUAAAGUUUAAAGCUUUGCUCAUAGUUUUAUUGACCAAAUAGAGCGUACAGUUCGUUUUUCUCUCCAUAAUUAUAUGUUCUGUUUGUAACGAAAAUAUUGCGUAUGGUAUGCGUGUGAAUGUCGUUAUGCAGUGCUUUUUAUAACUCUUUUUCGCGCCUUUUUGGAUUUUCAUUUUGUAUAUAAUCAAAGCCGGGCACGAUGCUUGUAAUUUAUAACUAUUCUAUAAAUCUGCUGACAUUCGGUGGUCUUCAUUGUUCAAAGCUGCGCAUAAAAACUUCUCUUCUUCGUCUAUCCUCUUCUUCCAACCUGUUGCAAUUUUUCAACGUUAGAUUGUAUUCUUUUGACUCGAUAUACAUAUGAACAUAAAAGAAAUCUGUAGCUCUUAUAAACAUCUAGUCAAUACUGUUCAUCACUUGACCUAUAGACAAAAUACUAAAAUUGUUGUUGUGUUUGCGUGAUGAUCACUAAAAAAAUUCUUUAUACAUCAAAUAGUUCCAUAAAAUAUUUGGAUAUAAAGAUGAUUGGACGAAGCAUUGAAAUGAACAGAGUUUAAUAAUGCGUAUGAUUCCAUUCUCAGCAAGUAAAGCAUUUAUUGUUGCAUAGAUGAUAGUAUUAUAUAAAUAUUACAUAUAAAUAAGAAAUAUUUGUAAAUUGUGUUAAAUGUGUAAAUUGUUUAUUAAAUUUUAGAUUUUAUUGAAGUGAAAAAAAUGUGUAGACUUCAUACUAUAGUUAAUGAAUUGGUCGGUAUACUGAUACGGUAUAAAUAUUAUAUUCGUACAAACGUAAACGAUGCAUAAAUAAAAUUAUAUCAAAGCUACGCUAAGCAAGUUGGUAACGAAGCCCGAUUUAGAUGAAAAGCAAACCAUAAGUAUAUGCGAGUAAAUUUAGUCUGCUUGAGUCGAUGCAGUAAUUCGCCCAAUAAUUCAAAGCAUCAGUAGAUUAUGAGAGAAGCGAAUUUAAACCGUGACUGAAGUUACAUAAGAAAGUCUAAACUGUUCCGAUGCCGAUACACUCCCGUUUCUUACGAUUGUGACUCUUAAACUAUUCAAGUAUUAUUGAAUGCGGUUAUAGAAGUACCGGAGGCGUAAUUUUAAAAUACACUCAUUUUCAAAACCUAUAAGCGUUCCUUGAGCCUGUCCGAGGCCAAUCGUUCCCAAAUUUGAGCAAUGAUCGUAAUUUGCUGGAUUAGAUCCACUGGAUUAUUAACUAAAGUUAGUAUGAAUGUCUUAAUAAAAGACGUCUGCGCAUAUCAAGAUGUCUCUAAAUAAUUAUUAUAAGCAUAUAUUAUACAAAAAAUGCUCGAUUUAUUGACGUCGAAUCGUUACAUAUGAAAUAUUUUCCAUUUUAUAUUUCAUUGAGAUUUUGCAUGUUUUCUAAAAAAAAAUAUCGAGUUAUAUCCGACGGAAACGAAUUUAGCCAGAGCAAUAAAAUUUAGACACAGCAAGUUCGAGCGUAAUAAUUUUCGCGUGGAACGCGGACGCGACGACCAACAGUGCGCGAUUCAAGAAAGUAGACAAAAAACAUAAACGAAUUCUCCGUAUCGCAUUUUAAAAUCUGAUUUUUGAAAUAUUUUGAAAACCACGAGGAAUUACCAAGUAUAUGAUAAAAAAUUUCGAACAUUGAAUUUUUAUUAGAAUUGCUCACGUUCUGCACGUGUUUUAGUAAAGAUUGAUUCCGUCAUUUGUCUGUACUAGAGGAUGAAAAAUGAAUUAAAAUAAAUAAAAAAAAUGUUUUGUGAUAAUGAAUGUUGAUUGAAAGCACAUUAUUUUAUAAGCUACAUCAUUUAAUAUAAAAGAUAAAAGUAAGAUGAAUUCGAAAGUUACGUUUUGAUGCUCAAAAAAGGCUGCAUAAGUAUAGUAUAGUUUUGAUGGUUGAAGAGACAUUUAAUCACUCGCAUAUCAAUUUGAAUCACAAUGAAACAAGUACAACAACGUGUUAAUUCGCCACUAUUAUAACCCUAAUUUUUUAGCUCUUUAUUAAUCAAUGUUAUAGAUAACAAUUUGCCAAGAAAAAUAAAUGUGUAAUUCUUUUUUAUCAAAAAAGUUUGGCUUGGAAAGUUAACUAAGUGUAACGAAUUCAAAGUAAAACUGCACUGCAACCCUUUACAAAUUCAGAUGCAAUUUUUAUUAGUAAAUUCUAAUAAUGCUGCACCCUAUGCACUAUUUCUGGUUAACAUUCCAAUUGAUCGAUUGUAAAUCGUUUUCGAAGAUACUUUUAUCAAAGUAAUUCAAUAAAUAUUCGUAAUGUUUGACGUUUAAAAGUGUAUUCAACGUGUUCAAAACAAAAUCUUAAUUGUUUGCUUUUUUACAAAAAUAUUAAUAAAACAAAUUGAGUGUAUUGCAAUUAUAAAUAUCAAUAUUGUUCAUGCAUACGAUUCACCCGCACUCUCAAUUGUUGUUAUAGAUUCUCUCACGACCGUCAUGCGCGUGUGCGAGACCCGUAUUCAAGCAGUGUCGAUGAUCAUAAUCAUUGGGCACUUCAGACCUCACCACAGGUGUUUACGCAUAGCGUAUAAGGUCUACGUGACACUGUGAGAUGUAGGCUCAAGUGUCGACGUUAUGCUCUGACGUCUCAUAGGCACAGCGCAUUGAUCGGUAAGAUAGGGCACUUUAAUUGUGUCGUUGCUUUUGGAGUCGGUUGCCGGGCUACGAAAAUGUUGUCGCGCGUAUUUUGUUUGUUUCGUUCGUUUGUAUUACGCUCGAUGUAUUUUGUUACUCUGAAUAAAGCCUCUGAACGAUAA